AUGACUUCUUCCUCGCCUUCGGUCUCACCUCGUGGCAGCUUCGCCUCGACUUCAGCUUUUCCAACCCAUCAAACACCUCGCACUGACGGAGCGAGGCUUGGAUCUGCCGCGCAAGGGGGCUCUCCAGCCGGCCUCAGUCCUGCGCCUGGCACACCUCGACGCGCACCCUUCUCCAGCAGGCGUGUCUCGGAAAGGGGACGGGGGAAGAGCGCAGCCGACGAAGCUAUUCUCAACAGCCUGGACGAGUGCGUCUCGGUCUCGGCUUGGCUAGACCAGACUGUCUCGCGAUCCGCAGAGAGCAACCUUGCACCAGAGCCACCUGCGGUCGAUCUAGCUUUGCCUGUGUCUCUUUCAGCGCUGGAUCAGGAUCUCACUCGCCUGGUCGCUUUGCUCUUGCAGGCCGCAUCAGAAGCCAGCGCAGACAUCGACGACGUCAUCACUGAGACGAGUCAGACGCUUCCAAAUUUGACCACUCAACUUCGUCUGGUCAGGGAUACUGGAACGAACCUUCGCCAACAGGUCCACGACGUGAGAAUUGCUGCGGGACUUGAAAACGCAAAUGCAAGAGGGAUCGAAAAGAGCGCACCCCAAGAUGACGAGGGUCCACCUCUGUUGACUCGUCGCAAGAGCAGUCAGACCAGGUCAAAUGGCAUCACGACCGACCAGAGUCAGAGCGAGCAGAAUGCAGGCGGAGCUUCGGCAGCUACGCCCGCCGAUCCAGCAGCCGUACUUGCGCGUCUAGCCGCGUUGUCAACGCUUCGUUCGCGCAUGACCGCAGCUCGCGAUGUGCUUCGACUCGCCGAAUCGUGGUCGACGCUCUCUGCAGAUGUCGCGGCAUAUCUCUCAGACGCAAAGUAUGUGCUCGCGAGCAACAGGCUCGCAGAAGCAUCAUCCUCUCUCCCCGUCUUUGAGAGGACACCAGAGUACGAAGGGCGAUCGACGCUGCUCCGCAGUCUUGUGGACGCGCUGGAGACUCAACUUCGGCCGCUCAUCUUGCAAGCUGCUACAGCGCAGGAUGUCGAGGCUAGCAUGGCCCAUGCCAACGUCCUUCGCAACGUGGGGAGGUCAGAGGAGUUUGCUGACCUGUGGCGCCGUGCGCGACGAGCCGCCGUCGUCGAGACGUGGACUGGUACGAGUAGCGAGCCACUGAAGAGAUGCGAAGAAGGAUGGCCCAGUCUCAUCGCGUCGGUCACCGCGCUGCUAGAAGCAGAGUCUGAAACGAUUCCUCGUCUCUUCCCGGCGGAUCCUCGGGGCGCUUUGAGCGCCCUCAUUGUCAGCUGCCUCGAAGCUCUCGAGCCUUCCUUUUCAGCGACACUUCGCGACGCGGCAGAGCGAGCACAGGACGAGGCAGUGCUGCUCAUCUUGCGUGCCUAUGACGCGGCCUGCAGCGCAAGCGCCAGCUGGGCAUCGCUGUUGUCGGAACAUUCGAUUUCAACCAGCGUGUCACAGCACGCUGCCCACUCGCCCACCGUGACAGUCACCGCGAGAUCGCCGUCGACGAGCCCUCGACUGGAAAUGAAGCAUGUGGCAAGAAGCCAACGCAGCGCAUCCAUAUCCAAGUCCAAGCGCGCCUCAAGGCGAGCAAGUCUGCUGCCUCCUCUGGACACGGCUAGGGGCUCUCCAGAUGAUGCUGAUCUCGUGAUCGCAUCGGCAGGCACCCAUCCUGGUUCUGCUGCUCAGGCUCAACCGAUGCAAGUCAGCUCUUUGGCAGACUUGCUGCCUGUCCCUUCGCCAUGGGAGGCAGUGUUGUGGUCUGCAUUCACGCCGCACCAGGUCAUGUAUGCGGACUUUGAAGCCCGGCACCUCCAAGCAGCAUGGGAUCGUUCCAGAGCAGCCAGACAGGGCUCUGAAAUGCUCGCGUCAUCCCAUGAUGAGCUGUUGAAAGACGUGAGAUUUACUGCAGCGUUGGCGGAGGAAGCUCUCUCUAGGGCUGUGCGGCUCACUCACGGCCUGGCAGCUCCUCAACUACUUUCGCGUGUGGACCAGCUAGUCGAGAAUGCGGUCGAACAGACUAGGCACCAUCAAGAGCGUCAAGCACAAGUGGCCAUCGAGGAAACGCGCCUCAAAGCUGGCCAAGCGCUUGCCACUGGCGAAGAGAGCUAUGGGGAAGGCGAUGAGUGGAGAGCCUUCGAAACGGGCAUUGCGCAGAUUCGAGCGGCGAAGGCUGCUGCUGCCCGCAUCGACAGCCUGGAAGACAAGCUUGCACUAGGCUUUAACGACGUGGCGAGCGCCGUCACCGGGCUUGGCACUCGCACAGGCGAAGAUGCGCUGAAACGGCUGUUGUCGAGUGGCCCAGAAGGAGCGCAGGCCGGGUUCGCGCUUUUGGCAGGUCAUCUGGAUCACUCAACUAGCGUUCCUCGGUCCGCAUUUGAGGCGAUCAGGGCUCAUCGUAUGCACAUCGGAAGCGGCCGCAGUGGAAGCGCCGCUUUGCGCUCAGCUGGAGGCAUCGAUCACAGAAACUCCCUGACACAGCCGACAGCCUCAAAGCUUGGCGAUCCCUCCAGUGCGCUCCUGCCCCGCUCUCGAAGCGCCCUGAGAGCGUAUGUUCGCGCUUUGCAGAGGGCACAAUGCGACGUCAUUCUUGCUCCUCUUCUGCCUCAUCUGGAAGGCUACGCUGCCCUCUCUGCCUGGGAGGCUACCCGUCUACCAGGCGCAUCCAACGAGUAUGAUCUAGCCAUGCCGACGUUCAGUCUGAGCCCAACUCGCACAAUAGGCCGCAUUGGAGAGUCUCUGCUCGAUCUACCUCGCCUUCUAGAAGUUUGGGCUGAUGAUUCAGCUCUGGGAUGGGCGAUGGGUGCUCUGCCGCACAUUCUUCCCGACGACGAGGAGCAGGCAGAUGAGGUGGCAGAGACUGCUUCAAUCGCUGACACGGCUUCGCGCAUCGUGGGCAACUCUAGUAAGCGACUGUCUUUUGCUCCUGAUGCAGCUUUACAUACGGAAAGAAGCGCUUCAAGAUCACCGCAGGCUGAAAGAAGGAGCUUACAUCGCCCUACUGCGUCUGUGGCCUCCAUCGCGACCACCUCACCUCUCGUAGGAGCACCGGCGACAGCUGCUACGCAAAGCGCGACCCCGCAUGCAUCUACGCCAACUGUAAAUGUGGAGCCUUCGCCAGAGAUGGUACUGCAAGCCUACCUGCGAGCACUCUCUCUAUCUCUUUUGGCUCACACCACAGACGUGGUGCUUCCUUCCAUCGGUCGGUUGACAUCGGCAGGCGCAGCCCAACUGGCAGCAGAUCUAGGUUACCUAGACAAUAUCCUAGCUAGCUUGAACGUCGAUGCGCAAUCUAGAGGGUUGCGGGACUGGAGAGAUGCUGCUGGCUUGACGGAUGUGGAGGGGAAAGAGCUGAUGAGGCGUGUGCCUUGGAAAGAGAUAGAUGGAGCCGGAGAGGGCGACAUGAGGAGACUCGCUACGACCGAUCCGUUUGCUGCCGUCGCUAGAAUGAGAGGUUGGACAGCUCAGUGA